UUAGUUGUGGAACCCUCGUGGUGGAAGUGGAACUGGAAGUGGAACGAAUAUAAAUAAAAACUAUCUGAUAUAUAAAUUACAACAAGUGACAGUUUUGGAAAAGCAGGCCAGAAAUUAUGCCCAAUAUUGUGGCAUUGAAGCUGAGCUGUGCCCGAAGUCCUGGGACUGGGACUGGGACUGGGGCUGGGGGCGAUAACGGUAGUCUGGUGCUGGUGGCCUUGGAUCAAUUGGCGCUGCAGCAACAAAUCAAUGCAAAUUUCAUUUUCCAUGCAAUUUCCAACUACAAGAAGACCCCGUUCGAGCGUAAAACGCUGGACUUUAUUGCCAAAAAGUGGCUGCACUUGCAGUUGCUGUGGCGAGAGUUCCGGCUGAGGGAUAAGCAAAUACGCCGCGUCGGUCACAAGGAUUCGCACUGCCAGGAGCAUGGCUACUUUCAGCAGGAGCUCUUCGAGCUGGUCCACGACAAAUAUAUGGCGGCCAGGGGCUGUCUCAGUCGUGACAAAAGGAAUCUGCUUGCCCGAGACCCCCCCGCCCCCCUAGUGUUUGCUCAGCCAACGAAAUGAGGGGCGGGACGGGGAUGGCGAAAAUGUGGGACUGAGCCCCACAAAAAAUAAACCAAAACCCAAGCAGAAAAAUAAGCAGAGCGGAGCAGAGCAGAGCAGUGCUGGAGAGAGCGAUAUGUACGUGUGAAAAUAAGUCUUUCCCCGUCCGAGUCCCCGUAUCCGCCCCCGCCCCCGCCCCCCGUCCGACGACAAUGGCGGGACAAUGUCAACAGCUCCGUUUCGUUUCGUUUCGAUUCGAUUUUCUCUGCAAUGAUGAUAUACGUCAACAAGAACUCCAUGCCGUUUCCAUCAACAAUUGGCCAUCAAUCUGCGACUGGCUAUCCCCCCAUGUGAUUUAUUGCAUAUGCGGCACGCAGCAUGCGGCAUGCGGCACAAACGCUUAUCAUAAUUAUUUUUGGAUAUACAUAUACUAUAUGCCCCCCACAAAAGGUGAUUCCACAAGGCACUGAAGAGUCGCCUGUUCUCCACACAAAGGCCUUUUUAUAUCCCAAUGGAUCCAUAAAAUAAUAAAAUUGUUUAAGACUUUUCGCUCUUUUGUUCAUUUUUGUGGUGGCUGGAGAACUGUUUUAUAUGAGCCAUACAAAUUAAUGCCAAAUAAAAAGGAAUUUAAAUUGAAA